CCGGCUGAGCACGAUGGCUACGUGGAGGCGGGACAGCCGGCUGACUGGCAGCCAAAGGCUGCUGUGUGCUGGUCUGGCGGGGACACUCAGUCUUAGUCUCACCGCGCCCCUGGAGCUCACCACCGUGCUGUCCCAGGUCGGCGCCAUGCGCGGCCACGCCCGCGGCCCGUGGGCUAUGGGGCUCUGGGUGUGGCGGACUCAGGGGCCCCGGGCCCUCUGGAAGGGGAACGGGGUGGCAUGCCUGCGCCUCUUUCCUUGCAGCAUCGUGCAGCUGGCCUCCUACCGCAAGUUUGUCACGCUGUUCACAGAUGACUUGGACCAUAUUUCCCAGUGGAGCUCCAUCAUGGCUGGGAGUCUUGCAGGCAUGGUAUCCACCAUUGUGACAUACCCUACCGACCUCAUCAAAACCCGCUUGAUCAUGCAGAACAUGAUGAAACCUUCUUACAAGGGCUUCUUCCAUGCUUUUUCUACUAUCCAUCAGCAGGAAGGGUUCCUGGCCCUUUAUCGAGGGGUUUCCCUUACUGUUUUAGGUGCCUUUCCAUAUUCUGCUGGCUCCCUUCUCGUUUACAUGAACCUCGAGAAAAUCUGGAAUGGCCCCCAGAAUCAGUUCUCUACCCUCCAGAACUUUGCCAACGUCUGUCUGGCUGCUGCUGUGACCCAGACGCUCUCCUUUCCCUUCGAUAUGGUGAAGAGAAAGAUGCAGGCUCACAGCCCCUUUCUGCCUCACUGUGGAGGAGUAGACAUCCAUUUCUCAGGAGUAGUGGACUGCUUCUGGCAGAUUAUAAAGACCCAAGGGAUUCUGGGACUCUGGAAUGGAUUGACACCCAAUUUACUGAAGAUAGUGCCAUAUUUUGGAGUUAUGUUUAGCACCUUUGAGUUCUGCAAGAGAAUCUUUCUUUAUCAAAAUGGUUACAUUGUAUCUCCUCUGAGCUAUAAAUUGACCCCCGGGGUGGAUCAGAGUUUACAACCCCAGGAAUUAAGAGAAAUAAGGAAGACACCAAAACCAACCGUGUAA